AUGGCGCAGCCCGACGAGCCGCACCCGCCGGUCGUUCCCUCCUGCCCGCUGCCCAGCAAGACCUGCGAUGUGGUCCCCACCGAGAGGCCGCGCUCCUGCUGCGGCAUGGCCGUGGCCGGCUUGCGCACCGCCAAGUACCAUCUGCCCGAGUGGCACCGCCGCAACGCGGGCGUCUGCUACGAGGCGUACACGGCGGGCGAGCAGGCGGAGCGCGGCCGCGCCGAGGCCAAGCACCUGGUCAAGCAUGCGGCCGCCAGCGCGCAGCGAGCCCAGGGCUACUCCAAGGCCACCCUGGGCCAGCGGCUGCAGGACAUCCACUUCUGGAGGGUGGAGCUGCAGAAGGAGAUCAUGGAGCUGGACGCCGAGACCAACCUGCUGGCGGCCCAGAAGCUGCGGCUGGAGCGGGCACUCGAUGCCACCGAGGUGCCCUACUCGGUUGUCAUCGAUAACCUGGAGUGCCGGGAGCGGCGGCAGCCCCCGGACCUGGUGAUCGAUGAGGUGGAGAAGCAGCUGAUGAAGGAAGCGGAUCUGAUCCGGGAUAUCCGUGAUCUUCUGAAAAGAACCAUCAUCCAAGCUGCCACCCAGAUAAGGUCCAACCGGAUCCAGAAGGAGAACUGCGAGCUGGACUGGUCGGAUAAGGUGGAGACGUACAACAUCGACGACAAAUGCGUCGGCUACUGCACCGACAGCACCGACGUCCAGUACCACCCCAGCUCCGUCAAGUUCGAGGAGAACGCCUCCACACCGAAAUCCUGGGCCCAGUUCAGCCACGACAACAUUUCCAGGGCAGAACAGGAGAAACUGGCGUCGGUGCAGCUCCGGUCCCUGAUCAACAACAUCAUCCACGACGCGUCCGAGGACCUGCGCAUGCAGCGGGCGGCGGUCAACGAGGCCUUUGACAGCCACUGCAGGGAGCUGGACGACGCCAAACUGCGCCUGGAGAACCACCUGCAGCAGAUCCUGAAGGAUAUUGGGGAUGAGGAAGCCAACAUUGUGAACCUGAAAAAAGCCAUCAGGGACAAGGAAGCUUUCCUGAAGGUGGCUCACACCAGGCUCUACGACAGAUCCUCCAGGCCCAACGUCGAGCUCUGCAGGGAUGAGCCCCAGUUCAGGUUGGUGAACGAAGUGGAGGAGCUCACAGUAUUCCUGGAGGCCCUGAAGAGAAAACUGAUGGAGUCAGAGCAGAUGAAGAAUUUGGAGGAGACCAGGAUGAAGCUGGAGAAGGAGAUUGCUGUGAAAGCCAACAGCAUUUUUAUUGACCGGCAGAAGUGCAUGGGCUACCGAGUUCGCUACCCCGUGGACCUGGAGGUGGCGAGUUACAAACAGUGAUUUCUGUACCAGCCUGGAAAAACCAGGAGAAAAACUCUUCCUUCUUUUCUGUUCAGCCAUUGGCAAGUGUGAAAAAAAAA